GCUUUGCAUGUUGGGUAGUAUUAAUGGUGGACGAACAAGAAACAAAAUGCCGAAUCCAAACAACGCGAACCAAACGAGCUCUAGUACCGACCCUAAAAGACCGAAUAAGAUCUUUAGAUAUAAACCACUAGCUAAUAAAUCUUCCGAUGAUCCUACUCCAGACUAUAUGAACCUUCUUGGCAUGAUAUUUAGCAUGUGUGGACUGAUGAUGAAGUUAAAGUGGGCGGCAUGGGCUGCGGUUUACUGUUCGUUUAUCAGCUUUGCUAAUGCAAGAUCUUCAGAGGACACCAAACAAAUGUUUAGCAGUUUUCUAUUGUCAGUUUCAGCAGUCGUCAUGUCUUAUCUACAAAACCCUCAACCUAUGGCAGCGUCAUGGUGAUACAAGGAGCGCUGGACACAAAGAAAGGAGUAACAUAUAAUAGAAUAUCUUUUCUUGCUGUAUCCUGUAAUAAUGCUACUAUUGACACAAGCCCAUGGGACCUACUGGCCUUGAGUUAGAUACUGUGAAGUUAAAUAUGUUUGUGGUUAAAAAUUAUGGGAUUCCACUGUAUUGAUUAUAUUGAUCAAUAUUAAAUGCUCUCUUUCCCAUUUCUUUGUACAAUAUCCAUUUUUAGUCCAAAAUACAAUCCAUUAUUUUCUAA